UGUUGUGUAAUAACCCAGUCCAUACAUGGUUAUUAGUCUGCUGGCUGUCACAAUUUCAUUAAAUUGGCGUAUUUCAGAGUGUAGCCUAUAAUCUUUGGUUCAUGUUUAAUUUCAAAGCGUUUUGAAAGGUAAUUCUUUAGCUUGAUCUUGUUCCCUCACUACAACUAUAAAGUGGGGGGCAGCGGGUAGGAGGAAUUACAAUCAGGCAACUCAUAAACCCACUACAAGCACAUUCUCUGGGAAUUGUUGAGCUCUUUUGAUGAUGACGGCAGUGUGUGUGGACACACCAGGGGGACCAGAGAGUAUGCUGUUGAGGAAUGUCCCCAGACCUCAACCUGAACAUGGAGAAGUCCUCAUCAGAGUCCAUGCAACCGCUCUGAACAGGGCUGACACAUUGCAGAGGAAAGGACUGUACCCCGCUCCACCUGGUGAGAGUGAGGUCCUGGGUUUGGAGGCGGCUGGUACAGUGGCCAGCGUUGGCCCAGGGGUUAGGCUGUCCUGGGGGCUAGGGGACUGGGUCAUGACCCUACUCUCUGGAGGAGGGUAUGCCGAGUAUGUGGCUGUUCCAGAGGAGCUUCUCAUGUCUAUCCCCACUCAUCUCACUGUCUACCAGGCUGCUGCCAUACCUGAGGCCUGGCUCACUGCAUUUCAGCUCCUGCACUUCGUAGCUCAGGUGAAGGAAGGAGAGAUAGUGUUGGUGCAUGCUGGGGCCAGUGGGGUGGGGACUGCCGCUGUCCAGCUGGUCCGAUUGGCUGGGGCUAUUCCCAUAGUUACUGCAGGAAGCUCUGAGAAACUACAGAUGGCAGAGACACUGGGAGCCGCUGCUGGUUUCAACUACAAACAUGAGGACUUUGCAGAGAAAGUUAGUGAUUUUACAGCAGGCAGAGGAGCAAACGUCAUCUUGGACUGCAUUGGUGGGUCCAACUGGGAGAGGAACGUGGCCUGUCUGGCCACAGAUGGACGAUGGGUGCUGUAUGGCUGCAUGGGAGGAAAGACCGUGACAGGAGACAUACUGGGCAAGCUGCUGUCUAAACGAGGACAGCUCCUCUGUAGUCUCCUCAGGUCACGCAGUCUGCAGUAUAAAGCAGAUCUGGUGAGAGCCUUCUCAGAAAGGGCCCUACCUCACUUCUCAGACCCGACUAGCUCCCCCUGCCGCCUGAGGCCUGUAAUCGACAGCAUGUUCAGUCUGGACCAGGUAGCUGAUGCUCACAGACACAUGGAAGCCAAUAGAAACAUGGGAAAGAUUGUAAUCAAUGUCAUGAACCCACAAUGAUGGGACCUCUAGUGACGGUGUCAUCUUUCCAUUUAGUUCCAAACUCAACAUUUGGUUGAGCAACUUGGUUUAUGACCAUUCACCUCUAUAACAUAUAUCAAAAUAAAAUGUUAUUUGUCACAUGCGCCGUACAUAAGGUGUAGACUUUACCAUUAAAUGCUUACUUACAGGCCUUUAACCAACAAUGCAGAGCUAGAAAGUAAGAAAAAGGGAAAUAGUAACACAGUAAAAUAAUCAAUGUGCAGAGGUACGAGGUAGUUGAAUGCAUAUGUCCUGAAUGUUAUAAGGUGACCGAGUUGAUAAAUACUGUGUUGAAAGCUAGAUAUAAAGCUUUCGUGUUUCCUACUACAGUAACUAUGGUGUCAGUGUCUCAUCACUCUCCUCAUCUUAACAGUAUUUGUGUCACCUUCUGUUUAUUGUUCAAUCAAAUUAUGCAUAUAAUUUUUUACUUAGUCUAAAACAAAAACGGUGUUACUGGUAAUAGUACAAUUUGUUUGCCCCAUCUGUGAUUUCAUUAUAAACAAGAAUAAACGUCUUUUUUUUCAACAAGAACAAUCAA